AUGGCUUCUCUUGGUGGUAACGUUUUGCCAUCUCUGGCCCCUCAAACAAAAAUUUACCUUUCUGGAGUAACCAUUGUGCUUUUCGUAAGCGCAUGCUUUUCCACCCUCAUCAAGAGGUCCCAAAAGCCCGUAGAGAACCCUGGCAUACUCCGGGCUCUAUGGCUGUUCAUCUACUCCUGCUUCCUCAAGCCGCACAGUGGCGAUGCCAAAGGAAACCAACAGGAUGCCCUCGAGAGUUUCUAUAAGAGCCAAGCUGGUGCUUACGACGCCACCAGAGGCGCACUUCUCAAGGGCCGUGAAGACAUGCUGGCACUCGCCGCGGCUCAGCUCGAGCACCGAGCAACCAUGAAGGCCAAGUCUUCCGAGAAGAGGAGAAUCUGGGUUGAUGUCGGCGGUGGAACCGGCUUCAAUAUUGAGGCAAUGGGAAAAUAUGUCGACGUCCCCAGCUUCUUUUCCAGCGUCUACCUAGUGGACUUUUCCCCAUCACUCUGCGAUGUUGCCCGCAAGCGAUUCGCUCGCCUUGGCUGGAAGAAUGUCAAGGUUGUCUGCCAAGACGCCAGGAAGUUCCGUCUUGAAGACCACGAGCCGAGCCACAUGCAGGGCAAUGUCCCGAGCUCACCUUAUAUGGGCUACUUCUCCCAGAAACGUCCCGAGCACGGCGGCGUCGACUUGAUCACCAUGUCCUAUAGCUUGUCCAUGAUUCCUGAUUACUACUCCGUUGUUGACGCUCUUCCAUCACUGCUGGCACCCAACGGAAUAGUUGGCGUGGUCGACUUCUAUGUACAAUCAGAAGUUGACGUGAGCUUUAGGAACUACACAGGCGGCUUGGUUAAUCGUCACACCAACUUCUUGCAACGAACCUUUUGGCGUGCUUGGUUCGACAUUGACAGAGUCGCCCUCGAACCAGGCCGCAGGGACUUCCUCGAGUAUCGUUUCGGUACCGUGCUCAACGUCAACAGCCGCAAUUACGCACUUGGGGCUAUUCCCUACUACAUUUGGCUCGGUUGCCAUAAGCGGCCAAUGUCGUCUGCGCUUCCACACGAGAUUGUGGAAAAAGUCAAUGCACUUGUCACGGAAUCACCAUAUCUCCACCCGAAGAACCACACCGAUGCUCUGUCCCGCGCCGUUGAAAGGGCUGCACCCGAGCUUCGUUCCAAGGCCUUUGAUGCUGCUGUUGUGAACUUGUCCGCUGAUCUACCGUUGCCAUCGUUCUUUUAUCAAAACCAUCACUGGCGCAUCUACUAUGACGAUCAACUCAAGAAGCACACACAAUUCAACGACGAGUACAUUUACGCGUUCACCUGGGAGGAUACUCGCGUUGACGAGAGGAUUCUGAAGCUGAAGUCUGAUGAUGUUGUUCUUGCCAUUUGCAGCGCAGGUGACAAUAUCCUGUCGUACGCUCUCCAAAGCCCUGCCAGAAUUCAUGCCGUCGACUUGAACCCCACGCAGUGCCAUCUUUUGGAGCUCAAGGUUGCCGCAUACUCAUCUCUGUCUUAUGUGGACUUUUGGAAGAUCUUUGGAGAAGGAAAACACCCCGAAUUCCGCUCGCUUCUGAUCACCAAAAUGUCACCUCAUCUGUCGAGCCGUGCAUUCCAGUACUGGCUCAACAACCAUCACAUCUUCACCAAGUCCAAGGCAGGUCUUUAUGACACUGGUGGUUCAAAGCAUGGUAUUCGUAUCUUCCGCUGGAUCACUCGGGUUUUUGGUUGUCGAGGUGCCGUCAAAGACCUUCUCGAGGCAAAGACGCUCAAUGAGCAGCGCGAGAUUUGGCGCAACAGAAUUCGACCAGCUCUCCUUUCACGCUUGGUGUCCAAGUUUGUAGUCAGCCAAGAGUCAUUCUUGUGGACUGCCCUUGGAGUGCCAAAGAACCAAUUGGCAAUCAUUGAAGCGGACCAUGCCCAAUCUGAUGCCGUCUGUGGACCGAAUCCAACCGCUCGUAACACGAGAUCUCACGCCAUUUGGGAGUACAUGGUCAAUACACUGGAUCCCAUGGUCGAGUCCACCCAUAUUGCCGCGGACAAUCCAUACUACUAUGUCUGCAUGGAGGGCAAAUUCUCCAAGCGCUGCCACCUCGACUACCUCUCCAAGCAGGCGCACGCCAAACUGUCUAGGCCUGAUGCCUUUGAUGGACUCCGUAUUCACACUGACGAGAUCGACGAGGUCAUUGCCCGCAUUGCGCCGGGCACGCUGACCGUGGCAGUGGUCAUGGACAGCAUGGACUGGUUCGACCCAGGCUCCAACGCCGCCGCGGCCCAAAUCACCAAGCUCAACCGCGCUCUCAAGAUGGGCGGACGUGUCAUGCUUCGCUCGGCCGGGUUGAAGCCGUGGUACAUCAAGCAGUUUGAGACCCUCGGAUUCACGGCCAAGCGCCACGGUGCCCGUGAGGGCGGUGCUUGCAUUGAUCGUGUCAACAUGUAUGCGAGCUGCUGGAUCAUGACCAAGAACGAGAACUUGGCCCCGCCUACUCCAGGACCCGAGGCCGAUGUCUACAACGGCCCUGAGUUGACCGAGUUGGUAAUUUGA